AUGGAGAAAUGUAAGAUUUAGAUUAAAUAUCGACGAUAAGCAGAGUUAGACAUUGAUAAUCACCUUGCUUGGCUCCAAAAUCCAGUCUCAUAUACUUCGGAGUUCAAUGAGAAAAUGGAAGCAUUCCAUUUUUGAUUUUCGAUCGAAACAGAUUCUCCAAGAAUCGGCACUUUGGGGAGAGCCAUCUUGUGAAAGUAUUCGAUAAAAUAAAGAUAGAGAUAGAAAAAAUUUAUCCAGCCAUAACGGGGAUAUGAAACCUUCAUAGAGCAGCAUAGCUUACUUCUGCGGCAGGCAUUUCUUAUUCCAAGGCCUACUGAAAUGACUCAAGCCCAGAAGUAAGCACGAUGGGAUGGAUUCUGCCUGCUCCAUAGCUAUUGAACCUCGGAGUCUGUCUUCCAUCUUAAACUUAAACUUAUUAUACCGGUGACUUCUGCCUUGUGGCAACGCAGUCACCAAGGGCCCAUAAGGGUUUAUCCACUUUGUGAUACCGUCAGUUAACUGGGUUUGAAGAAAAGAUGAUUUCCUGGUGAGAAAAGGAUUAGCACCACCUUUCCUCUCCUCCGAUCCCUGACUCGAUGGGACAUCUGGAGUGUUUGCUCUUCCUCUUGCAUCUGCUCUUCACCUUGCUACUCUUCUGCUAAGUGGGUGGACUAUGGACUUCUGUGGCUGCUGCUUGGGCUGGGUGAAGGUUACCAGCAUAAAAAUAAAAAAAUGGAAUUUCUGGCAAACUCUCGAGAUAGGGAAAGGUUAGAGCCUAAAGCGUGACUCGCAGUUCACAGUAGGAAUUUUGCCUGAUUUAUUUAGGCAUUCUCUUUAGACUUUGCCGGAUUUCGUAUUUUUAACUCUUGACUUCCCUUCUCACUCGAUUAAAAUCUAACUCUAAAAGAGGACUUGGACAGGCUCCAAAACGACAUGAAAUUACUUAGGCUUCAUCGUUGUCUCUUUUUGAGCUGCAAAACUUGCCGGGUAUACUUUAAAUAUGUACUCUAAGCUGCAUAGCGGGAGGCCAUGCCGGGAUGAGAAGCCAUAUUUAAAUUAUAGUCUGUCUUCCGUCAGCGUCAUCAUUUUAUUUCUGAAGAAAUGUAAGGAAUGUGGAGGAAAAGGGAAGCAUCUAAUGAAAUGUCUCUCAUGCAAUCUCUUUUUUCAUCCUAAAUGCUGUCAUUAUGUUCGCUUUUACUGAAGAGGUGGAUUUUGUCUUGAUCCCAAAUGCCAAGAAGUUAAAGAAACAACCCAGCCAUUCCCAGAAAAGCCUUCUAAGCCUAAAGUCGACUACAAAAGUGCCUCUGAGUCAAGCGUUGACCUCGAAGAGUUUGAAGCAGUGACCUGUCAUCGUUGUGGAGAGCCAAAAUCUCAUUCAUCAGUAAAAACCUGCCACAAUCCCGAGUGUAAUAAAUCAUUUUGUAAUUCAUGCAUAAUCCGCCGCUAUAAAAUGCACUAUCGAGACAUCCCCAAAGACUGAAGAUGUUUUGUGUGCCAAAAAAUCUGCUCCUGCAGCGAAUGCAGGAAUUCAUUUUCAGAAAAAAAGAGAAAUGACCAGAGGGCCAACAGAAGGCAAAUUGACGAAUCUUGCCAUGUCUGCAGGAAAAAAAGCAGACUAUAUCAAAUGCAGAAAUGCCUAUGCUGCGAAAGAAGCUAUUGCGCACAAUGCAUCCAAAAAGAAGACGUUAAUUUAAGCAGAUGUGAUGUGUGCCUAGAAAAAUGCAAAUGCCACCAGUGUGCUGAGAUGGCGUUCAAAGAAGACAUUGAGAAAUUAGUUCGAGGACCUGACCUUAGAGAGCUUUAUCCAUUCGAUGUGGAAAAUAUUUACCAAGUGAAUGGUUUCUGGGUCAGAGAUAUCCUAAUGUAA